AUGUCUGAGUUUGGAGCUUUAUCAAUGCCGCGCAAUGACUCGUUAUCUGUCGGCCGGUCUGCGAGUGUCCGCAAGUCGGUCCCCGGUGGUGGGGAGGAGUGCCAGAGGGAGUGUUCCAGGCGAGUGUCGUCGGUAGACGAGAAGUUGAAGUCGGUAUUGGAGAUUUUGAAGAGUAAUGGGAUCGAGAUGGAGGAGUACUUGAGCAGUCUCUUUAGGGUUCCGGGCGUAGGUGGCAGUGUGGGUGGUUCGUCCACUCGGGAAUCAAACGGAGCGCGUAGUCGUAGCCGUCUGGGCGAGCUGGAUGUAGGCGUCUUCCACCGAAUGUUGGCGGAGUUCGUGGUCCUAACAGAGGACGUGGAGAUCGACCGAGUGGCCGCUUCCUGGGAAGACGAGAUCUACGAUCAAGUCCGCGGGCUUAUCAGCCGUGAAUGUAAUCUUCACAAAGCCAUCCCCGUCAUCCGCCUUUACCUAAUGGUACAAGUACUCGUGGCCAAUCUUAAUAUUAAAGAGUACUCGCCUCUCCAUUUCGCAUACGUCAAGAACAGUAGCUCAGGCUUCACUCCGGUAGAGCAGGCGGACCUACGAAAGUGCUUCAUCGAAAUUUUCAGACACGGCCUCGAAUUCGUCGGCUUGUCUAGACAGGUGGCGGACGCACUGACUGAAGAGUUCGCCGAAACACAUCACACCGAAGAACAGUAUCUUAACCUGAGUCAAGAUGGGGAGUCGUUGACGGCGGCGUUGGCUGCACAGCAGUCAUGCAGUGAGCAGUUACAGCGUCGCAAGGAGGAGUUGGAGUUUGUCACACAGAGUGAGCAGGAGGCAUUACGUCGGUUGGAGGAUGAGUUGGCGCCGCUGCGUGAGCGUCAGAGUGACUUGAGUCGUGCGUUGGGUUUAAGGCGGCAGGAGUUGGAGGACUUGGCUAAGUUGGAGACGCGUGGUGGAGCGAUAGACGUGCGUGGUUUGGCGGAGGUAUUGGAGAGUCGUCGACGGGAGGCAGAGGUGGCUCAGACUGAGUUAGCGUCGGCGAAAGAGGAGUGUAGUCGACAGCAAUUGAUGAAAAGCGGUGUAAGGGAAUUUGGAGACAUGCUGCAGAUUGUGAAUAGGUUAUUGGGAGAGUGUAGUCAGUCUGUGGCGGCCUACAAAUUGUUGCUCGAAGAACAGGACGAGCUACGUCUUAAGCACACUGGUGAGCGCAGUGGCUUAGGAACCAAGAAGAGAGAACUGGCUGUUGAAUGUGAUCGGGCGCAACAGGAACUCGAAGAACUAAGUCGCAAUAUCCGUCAACUCAAACGCGACCAACAGAAACGUAAUGAACUUCUCAAUCAACUACCUCAACAAGCUGAACAAACGGAUAAUCAACUUAUUCGAAGAAUUGACGAACUUAAAUCCGAAUAUGCCAGACGACGCUCGGAAGGUGACAAAGAAGCCAACGACCUACUCGCCGCUAUCCAGGCACUUCAACUUUUACAACAAGCAGUCGAACGAGUGGAAGAUAAAACACAAGCAUACACCAGCGCCUACGCCAGCACCAAUGCAAACGCUCUCAAAGCAGCCAUCCAACACCUCACCCAACAGGUCCAGGAGAUGGCCUAA